CGUGUUCCUCCCGCUGGGCCUCCGAGCUUCUCUCUUCUCCCGGUCCUCCCUACCUCGGGCGUGCGAGGGCUACGCGCAUGCGCAGCGCGCAGCUGUCAUCAGCGCACGGAAGAAGUCGUCCCGGGGAGAACGAGGGGUGGAAGCUCGGGAGUGUUCCUUCAGUCUGGGCAGCAGGGGCGAGAACGCAUAUCCGGCGCGCAGCGCAGUCGGCUGCCUCUCUUGGCUGCAGCCGCCCGAUCCUUUUCUCUCGGACAGCUGGAUUGAAAACGAACCACAAUGGCGACGGUCACAUCUGAUAGUCCUCCAAAUCCAAGUUGCAAAAUCAUGACUUUUAGGCCUUCAAUGGAUGAAUUCAGAGAGUUCAACAAAUACUUAGCAUACAUGGAAUCGCAAGGUGCUCAUAGGGCUGGAGUUGCAAAGGUUAUCCCACCAAAGGAAUGGAAGCCAAGAAAACAUUAUGAUGAUAUUGAAGAUCUGGUGAUUCCUGCUCCAAUUCAGCAGAUGGUCACUGGCCAGUCAGGGCUCUUCACACAAUAUAACAUUCAGAAAAAGCCAAUGACAGUGAAGGAAUUCAAGCAGCUGGCCAACAGUGACAAAUACUGCACCCCAAGAUACAUAGAUUAUGAAGAUCUGGAGCGUAAAUACUGGAAGAACUUGACUUUUGUGGCACCAAUUUAUGGAGCAGAUAUCAAUGGGAGCAUUUAUGAUAAAGGUAUUGAGGAAUGGAAUAUUGCUCAUCUUAAUACAAUAUUGGAUGUUGUAGGAGAAGACUGUGGAAUUUCUAUUGAGGGUGUGAAUACCCCAUACCUGUAUUUUGGCAUGUGGAAAACAACAUUUGCAUGGCACACUGAAGAUAUGGAUCUCUACAGCAUUAAUUAUCUCCAUUUUGGGGAGCCGAAGUCAUGGUAUGCAAUUCCUCCAGAGCAUGGGAAACGGCUUGAACGACUGGCUCAAGGAUUCUUCCCAAGCAGCUCUCAUGGAUGUAAUGCAUUUCUUCGCCACAAGAUGACUCUGAUUUCUCCCUCAAUACUGAAAAAGUACGGAAUUCCUUUUGACAAGGUUACACAAGAGGCAGGGGAAUUUAUGAUCACUUUCCCAUAUGGAUACCAUGCAGGAUUUAACCAUGGCUUCAACUGUGCAGAGUCAACAAACUUUGCAACCAUCAGAUGGAUUGAUUAUGGAAAAGCAGCGAAGUUGUGCACCUGCAGGAAAGACAUGGUCACAAUUUCCAUGGACGUUUUUGUGAGAAAGUUUCAGCCAGACAGAUACCAGCUGUGGAAACAAGGCAAAGAUUUAUAUACCAUUGAUCAUACCAAGCCGACUCCUGAAUCAACACCUGAAGUAAAGAUGUGGCUACAGAGAAGAAAGAAAAUAAGGAAACUUUCCGAUAGCAGCUUCCAGCACAACAGAUCUCGAUCUAAAAAGCUUAAAACUCCAGGGGACAAGAGACAAUCUGCUAUGGCAACUGGUGCAGAAAUCAAAGAGACUGAAGCAACUACUGAUGGCUUCAAGGUCAAUGAAAAACCAGAUGAAAAAGUGAGUCCGCUGAAUACAGAAGUGCCUUCUGGAGAAGAAGAAAGCAGUAGCAGAAUGCAGCUGGAUCAACAUUUAUUGGAUAAUGUCAAGGUUGCAGGAAGCAUCCUUUCAGAUUCAUUUUCCUGUCCUGUUCCUUUACGAAUGGAACCAAAAGCUGGUGAGGACAAGGAGGAUUCCAGUGACUCUCUCGUUGCAUUUGAAGAUUCAGGGGCCUGUGUGCCCACUUCAAAUAGCUGUAAGAAAGAAGAGAGUUUGAAAACUCAGUAUAAGUCUAAAUCAUCCAUACCAUACCUGAAGUGCCAGGAACAUAAUUCUGAGGCAGAAAGCCCAGCUAAAAAGGUGAAUGUCUCUACAGAGGAUGAUGUCAGUGACCUAGAAAGUGGAAGUAGCUUGAGUCGUGGUGAACUGCCAGUUGCAAAAAGGAAUGAAGAUGAUGACAUGGAAACAUCCAAUUCAUCAGAAGCUGAAGGAAAGAAAGUAUCUAAGAGCUGGCGUCAUCCACUAAAUAAACCCCCAGCUAGAUCUCCAAUGACUUUGGUUAAACAGCAAGCAACUAGUGAUGAAGAACUGCCUGAAACUGCAUUUACUGAAGAGGAAGUUCAAGAGACAGAGACAUGGGCUAGGCCUCUUGUCCACCUUUGGCAGACAAGAACACCUAAUUUCAAUGCUGAAAAAGAAUACAAUGCAUGUUGUGCAAAAAAGGAGCCCUACUGUGCAAUUUGCACUCUUCUCAUGCCAUACUACAAGCCAGAAAAUCUUGAUGAAGAAAAUUCUACUUACAAGGAAGCAAACUUAGAAGAAAAACUAGUGAUUGAAAAUGAGAAGUCUAGACCUCUUAUUCCAGAGAUGUGUUUUAUUUAUAGCGAAGAAAACACUGAAAACUCUCCAUCAAAUGCCUUAAUUGAUGAGGAUGGAACAAGUCUUCUUAUUUCCUGUGCGAAGUGUUGUGUACGAGUACAUGCAAGUUGCUAUGGUGUUCCUUCUCAUGAAAUCCAUAAUGAAUGGUUGUGUUCUCGAUGCAGAACAGAAGCAUGGACAGCUGAAUGUUGUCUCUGCAAUUUGAGAGGUGGUGCAUUAAAACAAACUACUGACAAGAAGUGGGCUCAUGUAAUGUGUGCAAUUGCCGUUCCAGAAGUCAGAUUUGGUAAUGUCACAGAACGUACACCGAUAGACACUAGCAGAAUACCUUUACAAAGAUUAAAAUUGAAAUGUAUUUUCUGCAGACAGAGAGUUAAGAAAACCUCUGGUGCCUGCAUUCAAUGUUCAUACGGACGCUGUCCAGCCUCCUUCCAUGUGACCUGUGCCCAUGCUGCAGGAGUGCUGAUGGAGCCUGAUGACUGGCCAUAUGUUGUCUACAUCACUUGUUUCAGGCAUAAGAUCAACCAAAAUGUGAGAACUAAAGCAUGUGAGAAGACCAUUACAGUUGGGCAGACAGUCAUCGCAAAACAUCGGAAUACAAGAUACUACAGCUGCAGAGUCAUUGGAGUGACAUCACAGCUUUUCUAUGAAGUCAUGUUUGAUGAUGGCUCUUUUAGUCGGGAUACUUUUCCUGAAGACAUCGUGAGCAGAGAUUGCCUAAAGCUGGGCCCACCUGCAGAGGGAGAGGUUGUUCAAGUGAAGUGGCCUGAUGGAAAGCUGUAUGGUGCAAAGUAUCUGGGACCAAACACAGCUCACAUGUAUCAGGUUGAGUUUGAGGAUGGUUCUCAAAUAUUAAUGAAGAGAGAAGAGAUCUAUACUCUAGAUGAAGAGCUUCCUAAAAGAGUGAAAGCCCGUUUUUCUACAGCGUCUGACAUGAGAUUUGAAGACACGUUUUAUGGAGCGGAUAUUAUCCUGGGAGAAAAGAAGAGACAGAGAGUACUGAGUUCCCGUUUUAAGAAUGAGUAUGUGGAUGAUCCAGGAUACCGCACCUUCUUAAAAAGCUCGUUCCAGAAGAAGUGCCAGAAGGGGCAAUAAAGGAAGUAAUGAAGAGACGAAGACAGACAGAAAGACACACACACACUGUUUUAGACUGGUUAUAGCUGACUAAGAAGUCAAGCAGCAUUAGUUGCAAUUGGUUUUGAGUUAAUUAAGCACUUGGUUUUACAGUGAGGCAGUUUAUAUGUAAGCCUUGUCAGAUAAAGUACUUGAGUUAUUACUUCUUCAGUUAAGUAAUAAAGAUUUUGUAAUACUUUUCAUUUUGAAACUAGGAGGGAAAACCAAGUGAGAGUAAAACGGAUUACACAGCGAUAGACUGAAGAAAAUUUUUGUUUGAAGUUAGUGGAAAAAUUCUCUUUGAGUAAUAGAAGAUUCACAGUCAGAAGAGGAGACACUUUAAUAAACAGAGACAAUUGCACUAGCUUAUUUUUUUUCUGCUAAUAGGGAAGGAUGUUAGGUUUAAUAAUAGCAGUUUUUGUAAAACAUUUUUAAGCAAAUACAAAUAUGUACGGGAUUAAGACAAACAAAAUCAGUUUUGAUUCGUACAGUGCUCUUCCUUUUUAUGUCACUACUGCUCUCAGUAGGGUUUGAUGUGGACUCAACUGUUGACUUAAAUAUUUUUGGCUUUUCAGAAAGGUAUCUUCAGCACAGUAAUGAUUUUUUGUACAUUUAAAGAGGCAGAUUUCUGCAAUUAUUUUUGAACUCGUUUUUCAUAAGAUCUAUAAAAAUAGCUAUUUGUAAAAUAUAAUUUUCUUUCAUUUUCUGUAUUGAAAAUUAGAGUUUAAAAAUAUAUGCUUAACAGGCUAGUUUUGAAUGAAUACAAAUGGUCUUCCUUUUAAAAUAAUGGUCUAUCACUGUAAUAAUAUUUUAAACAAAUAUAUAAAUAAAUGAUUUCCUUUUACUUGCAUCAUUUUGUCUCUUGACAUGAUUAUCAAUUCCAUCACCUCUGGUACUUAAAGGAAGGAGAAACUUCACUGUCUGCAGUAGACAUGUAGUUUCCUGAACACAACACAAACACAUGACUUAGUAUUCAAACAGUAACUUGAUAAAUGCUUUAAUUCCUUGUCUAUUUCUCUUCACUCUUUGGAAUCUUGAUCUUUUUGCAUAUUUCACAGAAAACAGCAUGUCUGAAUGCAUUUCCUGCCUAUUUGUCUGAAACACUUUGGUUUGUGAAACCAGAAGAGAGCUUUAUCAAAGUUACAUCAUCUGUUUCUUAUAAACUGGCCCAUCAGCAGGAUUUCUGACUUCCUGCCACGGGAAAAAAAAACACCUCUCUCAAAGUACAAUUUGAGCACUGCUGUUUCUCAGGCUCUGCUUCUAAUAAAGAACCAAAAAGCCAUAUAUAUCAAUAUAUGAACCCAAUGAAUUUUUCAUGACAAACCCAGUGCUUUGUUUGCUGAGGUGCACUGUUGCCCUUUGCAACGUUGUUGUUUCACUGUUGCCCUUUGCAUGAUUUUUAUUUGUUUGUUUAUUUUGAGUGGAGAGCAAAGUCUUCUCAUCUCCUGUGUGGCAUCUCCACUAUAAAUUUAAUUUUUCUGUGUUACAUUAACUAUUUAUUAUUUUGCAAUGAAAUCACUCAGAAUCCCUUCAGUCUUAGAAAUUGCUUAGCUGUGACAAUCAUAAUGUAUUUCUUACUGGCAUAUUUCUUUAGAGGUAGUGGGUUUCAGUGAGUACUGUCUGGCGUAUUUCAGAAUACCGGAGCUUUUUCCAGAGUUGUAAAAGAAAAAUUACCAGGGGUACUGUACCAAAAUGCAAGAUUGCUGCCCUCAUGAUAUAAAUACAGCUGGUGGCUGGUAAGUUAUUACAUAUAAUGUAAACACCAGUAAUAACUUCUUGAUAUUAAGUUACAUAACACUGUUCAAGGAUAAGAAUGAGAGUGUGAUCCAUCCAUCAUAAAGGUGAUAAGAAAUAUUACAUUAUUCUUCAGUUAAGUACAUGUAAACACACUUUGUAAAUAAAUAAAUGAGGCUGUGAGAUACUACACAGGCUAAAUGUUAAGUGCAUGUUCUUUGACUGCAUCUCAUGACCUAUUAGUCAAAACUGAAUAAAUAAUUACCCUGUCUGUACAAAAUGGAUGUAGAAUUUUUCUCUUCAGGUUCCUUGAGAUCUGCUAAUAGGAGUAAUUUCUGAAUGUUAUA